GUUUCCUCUUUUAUUCUUUUCAACAUUUCAGAAAAUCCCUAAAUUCACUGAACCCCUCUCCAUACUUUUUGAUCCUCUCCAAGUCCUCUCUUAUUAAUAACCCCAAAGAAUUUUCCUCUCAAGUCUCAUUUCUUAUUUGCUACAGAUUCAGCAUCAAACCAAACCCACUUCUUGUUCUGGAACAAAGAAGUUUAUCAUCAUCUUCUUCUUCUCCUUCUUGCAUAAAGGAUCUGGCUUUAACGGCUCAAAGCUCCAAGUACACGUCACUGAGUCAACUCGUUCAGAAACUCGGAUCUCUCUGCAUUAUCAUCUCUCUGGAUCGUAGGUCAUCGUGAGUUGUCUCGGACUUGCUUCAACCAAACUGCAUUGUGUCAAAAUGAUUCGCAAAACUCCAAAUUUGCAAAACGACAUCAUAAACAUUCAAGAGCGAUAUUCAAACAACCGGAAAAACAUCAACUUUCACCGCCCGCCGGUAACGGUGCCGGAGAACAGCAAGUAUGAGUUGCGUCGGACCUUCUCGUCGCAGAAGAGGUUGAUGAUCCCUGCGAAUUGCUUCGGUAUAGAGUCUCUGGUUCUGCUGGUGGGUCUGACGGCAUCUCUGUUGAUACUUCCGUUAGUUUUGCCGCCGUUACCUCCGCCUCCGUUUAUGCUGCUUUUGGUUCCUAUUGGGAUCAUGGUUUUACUCAUUGUUCUUGCCUUCAUGCCUUCUUCUAAGGCCAGAGAUGUAACUCGCACUUUUAUGUAAAUCUGUUCUUAUUGUACUUAUAAAGUCUACGAACAUUAUUACAUAAUACAACUAGUUCAUGGUAAAAGAAACCGUUUUAACUGAAAAUGGCGGUAAGGUGAUGAGUCUUGCCUACUUCCACAACUGGAACAUCACAUCCUUGAAGU